CAUAAUUUCAAGGCAAUUAAAGUGUUCAAAAUAAAAAACAUUUAUAAAUCUAUUAUUCCAUACGGUAGAUAUGGAAACACAUACUAUGAAUUAUGAAGAAAUUGAAGAAACCGAAGGAAUUCGUUUUUCAUGGAACGUUUUCCCAUCAACUCGUAUAGAAAACUCAAAAAUGGUAGUUCCUAUUGCUGCAUUGUAUAUGCCAUUAAUUGAACGUCCUGGCUUACCUCCAGUACAAUACGAACCAGUAUCCUGUAAAGCACCAUGUCGAGCAAUUUUGAAUCCUUAUUGUCAAGUUGAUAUGCGCGGAAGAAUUUGGAUUUGUCCAUUCUGUUUAACUCGAAAUCAACUCCCUCCCAUGUAUAAAGAUAUUUCUCCUCAAAGUCUUCCAAUGGAACUAUUACCAAAAUAUACGACUAUAGAAUAUAUUUUAUCACGACCAUCUCAAACACCUCCUGUAUUUUUAUUCGUCGUUGAUACAUGUCUUGAAGAAGAUAAUUUACAAGCUCUAAAAGAUGCUCUCAUUGUAAGCUUUAGUCUUCUUCCACAUGACUCUUUAGUUGGUUUGAUUACAUAUGGAACUAUGACUAAUGUUUAUGAACUCGGUUAUUCUGAGUGCACAAAAUAUUAUGUAUUUCAGGGAACAAAAGAUUAUACUACAAAACAAGUUCAAGAAUUAUUAGGGUUAAUGGGAACAUCUUUACGACCUCAACAACCUGGUCCAAGAAGAACACAAUCUAAUUAUGGAGCAACAGCUAGAUUCUUAUUGCCAAUUAAUAUUUGUGAGUUUCGACUAACUAGUAUACUUGAAUCAUUACAACAAGAUCCAUGGCCUGUAGCAAAUGAUAAACGUCCAGAAAGAUGUACAGGCGUUGCUAUAAGUAUUGCUGUAAGCUUGAUGGAGAACGUAUUUCCAAAUACUGGAGGGCGCAUUAUGUUAUUUUCAGGAGGACCAAGUACACAAGGCCCAGGAAUGGUUGUUGGUACUGAAUUACGUGAAUCAAUUAGAUCCCAUCAUGAUAUAGAAAGAAAUAAUAUAAAAUAUUAUAAAAAAGCGUCUAGAUUUUACGAACUCUUAGCUAAAAAAGCAUCAACAAACGGACAUAUUAUAGAUAUUUUUGCAGGAUGUCUUGAUCAAAUUGGAAUGUUAGAGAUGAAAUCUCUAACAAAUUUUACAGGAGGACAUAUGAUUCUUUCUGAUGCCUUUUCUUCUUCUAUUUUUAAACAAAGUUUCCAAAGAGUUUUCAAUACUGAUGCCCAAGGAUCUUUACAAAUGGCCUUUAAUGCAUCUAUGGAAAUAUUAACUACAAAAGAACUAAAAAUAUCUGGAUUAAUUGGUCAUGCAGUUUCACUUAAUAAAAAGUCAGUGUCUAUCGGAGAAACUGAAAUAGGUAUUGGAAAUACAUGUUCAUGGAAAAUGUGUGGAAUUUUACCCAAAUCAGCAUAUGCAGCAUAUUUUGAAAUAUCAGACCAAGAUAAACAACAAACCCAAAUGAGUCAAAGAGGGCUUAUUCAAUUUAUUACUCAUUAUCAACACUCAUCAGGAACUUUUAGACUUCGUGUAACAACUGCAGCUCGUUCUUUUGCAGAUAGCACUAGUCCUCUUAUACCUCAAUCAUUUGACCAGGAAACUGCUGCUGUUAUUAUAGCACGAAUAGCAGUAUAUAAAGCUGAAAUAGAUGAUGGUCCUGAUGUCCUUAGAUGGGCUGACAGAAUGCUUAUCCGGCUUUGUCAAAAAUUUGCAGAUUAUAGAAAAGAUGACCCAUCAUCUUUUCGCCUUUCACAGAAUUUUAGUCUUUAUCCACAAUUUAUGUUUCAUCUUCGACGAAGUCAAUUUUUACAAGUAUUUAAUAACUCUCCAGAUGAAACAGCCUUUUAUCGUCAUGUUUUGAAUCACGAAGAUGUUAAUAAUUCUUUAAUUAUGAUACAACCUACUUUAAUAUCAUUCUCAUUUGACCAAGAACCGCAACCAGUAUUGCUUGAUUCUAUUUCUAUCAAACCAGAUGUUAUUUUGCUUCUUGAUACAUAUUUUCAUGUUUUAAUUUGGCAUGGAGAAAUAAUUGCAUCAUGGAGAAAAACAGGAUAUCAGAAUCAAGAAGGAUAUCAAAAUUUCAAAGAAUUAUUAGAAGCUCCACGCCAUGAGAUUGCUGAACUUUUGAUUGAAAGAUUUCCAAUACCAAGAUAUAUUGUUUGUGAUCAAGGAGGAAGUCAAGCUCGGUUUUUACUUUCAAGGAUUAACCCAUCAGCAACUCACGCAACAGGCAGUUAUGGCACGCCUUCUGCACAAGCUGUUUUUACCGAUGAUGUUUCUCUUCAGACAUUUAUGGAUCAUCUUAAAAAAUUGGCUGUCACAGGUGGCCAGUAAAACAGGAUAACAUAUUAGGUGAAC